AUGGCCGAGCGCAAGAGCAAGAGCAAGAGCCGCCGCAAGAGCCCGUACUGCACCCGCCGGAGCAGCAGCUUCCACAGCCCGACGCCCGCCUCCAAGCGCGCGCUGGAGCCGCUCUUCGAGUCGCCCGACGCCAGCCACAGCUUCCUCUCCGCCUCCGUGAGCCUGUCCCCGAGCCUCUCGCCCCGCCCUGCGCCGCCCUCUGACCGUGUGCUGACCUUCCUGCAGAGCGCGCGCGACCGCGACGUGCCCGUGCGCUUCGGCAAGUGGAGCGGCGCCGAGGACACGUACCUGGCCAAGCUCGUGGCGCUCUUCAGCGACGGCCUGCUGGCCGACCUGGACGCCAAGACGACGCUGCGCUCGUGGCUCGCGCUCAUGCUCAACUGCUGCCCCAUGCGCAUCUCCAAGAAGCAGAUGCACGGCCGCGGCUUCUCGGGCAAGACCAAGUUCCGGCACAGCAACAGGGCCGAGCGCAUGACGCAGGACAGGCACCAGCAGCUCCUGCAAGAGAUCGAGACGCUGCGCAGCGCCUUCGUCCGCGCCUGGGCCUUCGAGGAGAUCCAGCGCCGCCACGACUGCCGCGACAGCAUCGACGACUGGGUCCUCAAGCUGCAGCAGCUCGUGCCCACGCCCAAACUC